ACUCGAAACAUUCGAUUUGUGAUUCAUAAAAUCUUUUCCCUGAAAUUUAUUGCCGAAAGAAUCUAAAUAAUAAAUAGGCAAAAAUGGUGGUCUUGCAAUGGCGAUUUCGUUGGCGAGAAAUAUUUCGAGCUAUAAGGACUUUUGUCUCAUGGAGGAUAUCACAGAUUAUGCUUACAUUUCGAUCUCUCACAUAUAAUGAGCACAUGAGCCAAAGCUACUUGGUUGAUUGUUUAUUGGAGCCAAUAUAUUGGUUUGUUGACAAUUUUGCUGGAUACUUAGGAAGGGUGUUUGUUUUUUGUGUGACUAUUUUGACAAGUGCAGUAGUUGCAAUAGCCUACUGGGUGGGUCUACCAUACUGGUGGCAGAAGAACCCUUAUGUAACUGUAUUUUUAGUUAUAUUUGGUAAUUGGCUGCUUCUCAAUAUUGUAUUCCAUUACUAUAUGGGAGUGAAGACUCAACCAGGACAUCCGCCGCAUGGUUCUAUGAUAUCAGAGGCUGCCAGUAUUUGCAAGAAAUGUAUAUCUCCCAAGCCACCACGAACACACCACUGUUCGGUGUGUGAUAGAUGCAUACUAGCCAUGGAUCACCACUGCCCUUGGCUGAACAACUGUGUUGGAUAUUACAAUGCUAGAUAUUUCUACCUGUACAUGAUUUAUAUGGUAGCUGGAGUGCUGUUUUUGAUCAUUGCUGGGCUUGAUUUGGGCUAUCAAGUAUUAUGGGUGAAUGAUACAGGUGGUAUCAUACCCAACAAUGACCCAGAUUUAAUUGGGCAUCCAGUGCGGAUGAACAAAAGUGGUGUGUUGGUGCCUGUAAAGGUAUUCGUUGAAUAUGAUUCUUUUAAUUUUCCCCGAGAACAUGUUCUGCCUACACCACCCAUUACUGAGUGCCAACGAAUAACAGCACAUCCCUGGAAAAGGAAAGCCGUAGUUUUUAUGGCCAUCACUUGUGUAGCAGUGUUAUUUGCAUUAGGAACCCUAACAAUUAUGCAUGGGCAGAACAUAAGUAGAGGCGAGACAAGUGUGGAGGCACAUAUUAAUGCGCAAUUGAAAAAGACACAUAAAAAUAAGUUUCGAAAUCCGUACGACUUUGGUAGACGAAAAAACUGGCGUUUGUUCUUAGGCUUGAUACAGGGUAGGAGUUUUAUAAGGCAUGUGUUGCUACCUUCUAGUCACGCUCCACCUGGAUCGGGCCUAGUGUGGCAUACCGUCCAUAACACUUUAGAAGACUGGCCUUAGUAGAUUUGUAGGGUUAAAUAAGUUCAUUCCACUAUAGGUGCAAAUUAAUUUGCAAAGAUACAUACUAGACAUUCUGGACUGCUUUUCCAUUAGAGAUCUGCAGAGAAUGUAUUUUUAAGAUCUAAUUGGAGCACAGUGCUGAGCGUUCAGGCAAAUAAAACAAUCUUAUUGUUUCCUUGCAAUGUAGCUACUAGAUGGGUGGAAAUGUACCCCAAGACAUGUUGAUGUGUAUGCAUAACUUUGUAGGCUUAGCUUAGCCUUAACCAAUUCUGGUAAAAUAAAAGAUUUGAUAAAAGCAAUAAUACAAGGUACCUUUAAAAUAUUAUUAAAAUUUAUAGUUAGUACUAUAAACACAAAUGUCUAGCUAUUUCCAUGAUAAAGUAUAUUAAGUAUA